GUGGGUGGGGCCGGCUGCAAAGAGCUCGCGGGGCGCCGAGCAGCAGGGCGACAGGGAGAAGGCUGAGUGGAGACCCUCUCCCCGGGCCCAGCCGCAAGCCCCCCGGGAUGCUCUGGGCAUGGCCUCUACAGCCCCACAGAAGAGCAGCCAGAUGGCGUCUGGCACGGAGGAGACCCCAGGCUUCCUGGACGCGCUCCUCUGCGACUUCCCGGCCCCGCUGAGCCCGGACAGCGCUCUGCCAUGGAAGGCCCCGGGGAUGACGCUGAGCCAGGAGGAGGUGGAGGCCGAGCUGGCCGAGCUGGCCCUGGGCUUCCUGAGCAGCAGGAACGCUCCGCCACCGCUGGCUGCGUCUCUGGCCCACGCGGCCGUGUCUCAGCUGCUGCAGACGGACCUCUCUGAAUUCAGGAAGCUGCCCAGGCCGGAGGAGGACGAGGAGGAGGAGGAAGAAGAAGAGAAGACCCCUGUGACCCUGCUAGAUGCCAAAGCCUUGGCGCGGAGUUUCUUUAACCACCUCUGGGAAGUGUGCAGCCAGUGGCAGAAGCAGGUGCCACGAGCAGCCCGGGCCCCCCAGCGGCAGUGGCUGGUCUCCACCCACGCCAUCCGGAACACCCGUCGCAAGAUGGAGGACCGGCAUGUGUCUCUUCCCGCCUUCAACCAGCUCUUCGGCCUGUCGGACCCUGUGGACCGCGCCUACUUUGCCGUGUUUGAUGGUCACGGAGGAGUGGACGCCGCCAGGUAUGCCUCCGUCCACGUGCACGCCAACGCCGCCCGCCAGCCAGAGCUGCUGAUGGACCCCGCGGGGGCGCUCAGAGAAGCCUUCCGGCACACCGACGAGAUGUUUCUCCGCAAAGCCAAGCGAGAGCGGCUGCAGAGCGGCACCACGGGUGUAUGCGUGCUCAUCUCAGGGACGACCCUGCACGUCGCCUGGCUCGGGGACUCCCAGGUCAUCCUCGUGCAGCAGGGGCAGGUGGUCAAGCUGAUGGAGCCCCACAGGCCUGAGCGAGAGGACGAGAAGGCACGCAUCGAGGCGCUGGGUGGCUUCGUGUCUCACUUGGAGUGCUGGAGAGUCAACGGGACCCUGGCUGUCUCCAGGGCCAUCGGCGACAUCUUCCAGAAGCCGUAUGUGUCUGGGGAGGCAGACGCGGCCUCGCGGGAGCUGACGGGCUCCGAGGACUACCUACUGCUGGCCUGCGAUGGCUUCUUCGAUGUUGUCUCCCACCAGGAAGUCUCCGGCCUGGUCCAGAGCCACCUGGUCCGGCAGCAGGGCAGCGGGCUCCACGUGGCCGAGGAACUAGUGGCCGAGGCCCGGGACCGGGGCUCCCACGACAACAUCACAGUCAUGGUGGUCUUCCUCAGGGACCCCCAAGAGCUGCUGGAGGGUGGGGGCCAGGGGGCAGGGGACACCCGGGCAGGAGUGAGAAGCCAGGACUUGCCCUCUGGCCUCUCAGAGCCUGAGACCAAUGCUCCACAGAGGAGCUAGGUGGUCCUGGGUGCCCACCCAGCCUCCACCCCCUCAGAGGCCUAGGAUCCGAUGGUCGGCAGGGGGCACCCGCUCUCACGUGCACCUGGAGCGCUGCCCCUGAACCCCCAGCCGCUCAAGCUGUGGCCUGCCCUGGGGGCUCCAGAACUGCAUCAGGGACACUUAGAAGAAUGUCCUCGCCCAAGAAAAGAUGGCGCAGGAGACGGACCGGCUUGCUCCCAGCUCCCAUCAGGGCAGGGGUGGGACUGGAGGCCGCAGGCACCUGGUGGCAGCCAACCAACGACACCGUGUGUGGGACCCACAGGCAGACCCCGGAGCCCUGAUGCCUUCAAGGGCACCUUGAGGUCAGGCCCAGCAGGCAGGUGUCUAGCCCAAGUUUUCCGUCGCUGCUGCAGUGGGUGUGCCGUGGCUGGGGAGAUCAUAUUGACAGACAGGUCUGGGGGGGUCCUGGUUGGCCACGCUGGCUUCCCAAAGAAGAGAGCCCCAGUGGUCUGAUCCGCGGCGGCCACCAGCCGUUCCACGUCAGCCCGGUACGUUCCGGUCCCACCAGGGCCUUCCCGCCCUGUCUUCCCUCGCGUACCCUGGGAAGGUGAAACUCAGAUGCAGCCGUGCAGUUUGGGGGUUUGGUAUUAUUUUCCCAGGGAAACGUCGUAUCCAGAAGCAGUAUUUCAGGUUCUAGCUUUGUCUUAUCAGUGCCAAGAUAUCCCAAUCGUGUCAUAUAAUUUAAGCAGAGCUUAGUGUUUAUUUUAUUCCUUAGAAAAUGUAUUUACUUUUUUUUUCCCCCUAACUUUUUCUGGAAGCCUUUUUUUUUUUUUUUUUUGCAGUAUUAUUGAAUUUCUUUUCUAAAUCAGGAUUGAAACAGAACUUUUUCCAGGUGGUGUUGCUAAAGCCACGCAAGUGCCUUAAACAGCUUCAGAGGCGGCCGGAGCCGCUGCUGUCUGAUGGUUCUGAGAGGCAUAGUGAAGUUUUUACAGAAGCGGGAUUCGUUUUGCUGGGGAGGCAUGGUGUGGGCUAGAAAUUGUUCUGGAAGAGCGCUUUCUGCCUCUCUGUGACACUAAGCACCCCCAAGACCCUCCCCAAGGUGGUUGGCAGGAGUCAGGCCAUCUGUGGCACUGUCUGGGCCUAGCCCUCAGGGCUCUGGGGGUCCAGGGUGACCGGCCACCUUCUGGUCUUGCUACUUGAAUCUCUGGCUGGGUCCCAGGCAGAGAGACCCUGUUGCUGUUGGAUCAGAACAGUCCAGAAUGAUUGAUGUGUCUGUAAUCAGAUUGGUUUCAUUGGGAAAGACAAGCCUGGCAAGCCCAGAGGCCGCCUGUGGGUCUCUGGCAAGCCCGGAGACAGGAGGGAUGCCACCAAGAAUCAGAGGCCGCCUGGCUGUGAGGGCCCUGCGGGUGUGCUCAGGGUCCACCUGCAGACAGCAGGGUCGCAGAGCGUCUCUGCCCUUCUUAAACCUGCAGAAGGGGCCCGUGCGAGAGAGCCUGCCCCUCCCGAGGUGAGGCAAGUCCGCCAUUCAGAGAAAAAUGACAGCGCUGGCUUCAGCCAAGGGGCUUCCGCCUGCAGUCAGCACUCAGCCCAUCCCACGGCAGGUGGGGACAUUGAGGCCUGUGGUCAGAGCCUCACUUGAGGUCUCCUGGUAAAAAGCAGCUUAAACACAGUCACGGUCAUGGGUGAAUGGACAGCCACCAACAGGGCCCGGGUGUUGCUCAGCCUCCCUGGAAGGCCCCACUGUCGUCUGGGGCCGUAAGCAGGGCCUCUUGCCCGUGGGUCUGGUCUCUGCCUUUUCUUUGCUAACUUUGUUCCCUUCGUUGCAAAAGCGUGGAGUUUUACCCCAGAAGGGUUUGGGUCACCCCAUCUGGUGGUCCAAUUCUUAUCCUGGCCCAAGUCGCUACAAGACCUUCUCCUUGCAGCCUCAACCUACAGGGAAGCCCCUUCCCUGGGGUUGUCUGCGUGCCCCACCCUGAGCGGGGCUGCAGCCAGAACAGCUGUACCAUGCCCGGCCCAAGUCCCCGCCUCCUGGGGCAGCGUUAGAGCUGCUGCCUUCCGUCUUGACAGAGGCUGGACUGGGAGCCACCAGCUGUCCUGACUCCCGGGCCAUCCCCUCUUCAGGCCAUAGUCGCAAGAGGUCCCCUAGCCAGGGACUGUGGUCUGGGACUGUCAGUCCUCUUCUCAAAUCCCAACCAUGCCGCUCGCUCCCCACGUGAGCUGAGCAAGGCGUUACACAAACUCCAGGCCUCAGUUUCCCUCCUGAGUCCGCAGCGGCUCCGGCCUGGAAUUCUGCAGGGGCUACUCGAGGUGAGCCUGGUGCAUCCUGGGGAGAUGCCGCCAGCACGCGGGGGCCCUCCCCACCGUCGGCAGGGAGAGGUGAUUAAGUAUUAUUAGUGUCUAUUCUUGACUUGGAGUGGGUUGGCAAAGACUCACUGCAGACGCCAGCACCGUCCGUGGCAGACACACUGGGGAGACGGGUCUCUGCCUUGCCAGUGUAGCUGGUUUCCAGCCGAGGUUUGCAGGGGUGGCCUGGGGAGGAGGGGCAGGAGGGCACAGCCAGGCUCCCCAAUCACCAGGAGUCCUGAAGGCAGACCCUGCCCGUCCUCGGAACCCAGAGAGGGAGCUCAGUGUGGGGUGCAGGGGCAGGGUCUCAAGUCCACGGGAGAAGCACUACAGUCGGCCUUGGGCCAGCCCCUGCCCUUCCUGUGGCCAGCAUGUCCUUGGGCCUCCUCCCAACCCUCCCCCACCCCCAACUGUGGCCUUGAGCUCGGGUAUGGGUGACCGGCUACGGCUACUUCAGUAUUCCCAGGGCUGAGAGGUCAGCCCUGGCCUAGGCCUGGCCACCAGGCAAGCUACACGGAGGUCAAGUGGGCUUUGCAUAAAAUAGGCGUUUGUGGGGUUUGGUUUCUGGCUCCAGAGUCCCGAGCUUCUCGCCAAGGCCCCACAGCUUUGCCAAACUCGCCGAGCUUCGCCAUUCACGUGCCGUGCGGGUCUUGCCGAAGGUUUAUCUGCACCUCUCGGUGGGCUUCCUGGGGGUGUGUUCCCAUGUGCGAGGAGUCUUGUUCCAAGACGGAAUGACUUCCCCCUGCCUUUGGGGACAAGUCUCAAGAUAAAGGGGCCUAUUGGGGGUCUCCCAGGGACCCACAGAAGUGUCAAUAAACCACAAACUCUGGAA